GUAGUGAGAUUUUCAACGAUUUUCCUAUGUUGAAAUAAACUGAUAACGGGAACUCUGGUAAUUCCGAACGAACGAUAACAUUAUAUGACCAGCUACAACAUGGCGGACAAAAUUCUUCUUGCUCUGGUGGGGAUAUUAAUGAUCUUUGUCGAACAGGCUUAUGGUUAUUACGGAGUAUGUUACUCGGAUAGUCAAUGUCUAAACUCUGGUUAUCACUGCUGCACGGGUACAAGUUACUGCUGUCCGUGGGGGUACAUCUGUACCGGUUCCUACUCCUGUAUUAGUGUCGGAACGAUUGUCGGUCCAAUAGUUGGCGUAGUGAUACUAAUCAUUUGCUGUGUCGUCGGAUGUGUAUGCUGCCGUCGCCGACGUCAGCAGACUCCACCAACAGUUGUCUAUGGACAACAACCAGCUACGGUGAUUCAAAGUCAACAGCAGGCCUACGGACAACCACAGGCCUACGGACAACCGCAAGCAUAUGGCCAAAGUUACGGACAACCUCCAACGUAUGGACAAGGUUACAGUUCACCUGCAGAAUUUUCUCAGGGUGCACCUGCUAACAGCCAAACAAAACAAUGAGAUGUAGAUAAAGAACAAAAUAAAAUUCAAGGUGCACCUGCUAACAGCCAGGCAAAGCAAUGAAAUGUAGACAAAGAACAAAUUAAAAUCUUUCUAUACAUAUACCUAUGAAUCCAAAUACAGAUGGCAUUCUGGAGGGCAGAAUUAAUCACCAGCAAGAACAAUUCUGAUACCGUAUAGCGGGUUUAUUCCGGGGGUCUAAAAUUUGCUGACUCAAAGGUAUGCUGAUAAAUUAAGCGGAAAAAAUUUUGACGGACAGGGAAGAGUUGUCCCUCUUUCAAAUACUGAAGUCGCAUUUGGGUGCAUAUUUGGUGAGUGAAAUUUUGGCGGAAAGCUAUCUAACCGCUAAAAUAUGCCAAAUUUAUAACCCCGCGGAAAAAAAACCCGCUAUACGGUAUCUUCUGAGAUCGUGGCAAUCAAUUAAUAUCUCUAGAAUCUGAUUCUCCAUUAUCAUUUUUAUGUUAAGUAAAUAAUGUAUUGCUAGUAACUGUAAUUGCAACUGGCUCCGUAACCAUGAAUCAACAAAAUUCAUACUUAGAUAAUAUGUUAAAAAUAAUGUAGAAUAUCAAUCAAGUAAUACAGUAUGAUUUUCACGAGACAAGGAUUAAAAAAAAAUUGUAGGUCAAUUCUCAGUUUAUGGUUUUGAAGCUUAGUCAUUGAGAGAAAAUGGAAUGUACAUGUAUAAUAUAUUUUCCUGAAUCUUUUACAUAAAUGACAUCACUCAUCGUCAUCUAGGGUGGUCCCAACCCACCACUCGCUGUCGUGAUCCCUACUCACCACUCGCUGUCAAAUUUGUUGUGAAAACUUCGUAUGUGAUCGGCAUGCAUAAAUCAUUUUUAAAAACUCUUUCGAUUAAGAUAGAAAUUUUAAAACAAUGUAAUUCUUCACUUGAGCAAAACUAAGUACAUUGUAUAUACACCGAUUAUAAAACCUGCAUUUUUACUCAGGGCACAGUUGCCCUCAAGUGAAUAUAGGACAGUCAAAAUUGCGUCUUACACUAAACAAUCUGGGUUUGUUUUUUUUUAGUUUUUUUUUUCUAUGAUUGUUCUUUAGAGUAAUUUCAAAGUAUUAACAUAAACGACAGAUGAAACCUUUAAAACAAAUCCUUCUUUCCUGUACACGAACGACCAACCCUAUACGUCGCAGUCGGACUCGCUGAUUGGUUGUUUCUAGUUCAUCAAUUAGUCUGGCGCAUGCCUGACCCAGUAGCGGAAAUUGGGUCAUGCAUGGGCCAGACUAGUUCAUCAAUUUGCAUACAUCGGUUUCUUAGCGCGUGAUGAGUAGAGACAGAACUGACCGUGGACAGAGGACAAGAGCACUCUGAAAUCUCUGCACGUGUACUACAACAUUUCUUUAUCAUACUGUCUUAAUAUAUCACAUUGUAAAUUUCCUUGCUAAUUUUCAUACACUACGUAGAGCCUCAGAUCUGUGUUAUAUAUGAUCAAAUAAAACCUUCACAUCAGUC